AUGUCAUCUCUCUUCAAAUAUUCUGCGGUCCUGCGGACCAUCAAGGCGCAUGAGUGCUGUCACAGAUUGAAGGAAGAGAAGAAGAAGGCAUUAAAGUCUCAAAUGCACUUCAUGAUCCAGGAUAUUGAGGAGACAGCCCUGCUCUCUGAGCAUGUCAAUCUGCUUACUGCUGGGGUGGAACCUGAGACAGCAGACCAGGAAAUGCAGGAUUUUGAGAUGCAGGUUGACCUGGCUGAAGAGAAGCAGUGA